AUGUUGUAUUCCAAGUACGGAUUAAAGGCAGAGAGACUGGAAGAAAUACCAACUAUAGAUACAAAGAUGCUUAAUGCACUAGUUAUACAGCCACUUUUACUGCAGUUGCUUACUCCUGUUGGAGAACUGACCCCAUUUGUUCCAUUGUCAGUAUCCCUAAUAUCUUUAGAUCUGCAGAAACCGCUUUUAUCUUGCCUGUCCAAGCAGGGAAUAGAACAAGAGAGGCAGCUGAAUUCUCAGAAGGCAUUGGGCGGGUCUGACGAUAUAGAUGCACCUGCUGGUGAGAGUGUGCCGCUUCUACAAAACCAACACGGCAUGUAUGGCGGGAGUAGUGAAAAUGUUGCAGUUGAGGAGGGGAAGUUAAGAAUAGCCAAGUUACAAAAAGAGAUAGACGAGCUAGACGACAAUUACGAUGCUGAUUACAUAAAUGCCAAUGUCAAUCCAGUGGACAAUCUUAACAUUCUCUCCUUAAUGGUAAUUAGAGAUUGGAAUAACAAGAACGACAAUGAGGAUUGGAAAGUCUAUUCGUUUGGGAGGUAUAGAAUCUACAUGUAUUCGGUUAACGUGCGGUAUGCAUUGAUGCUCUGCACCAAUGAAGAGUACCCGUCCUCGAUAGCGAUAUCACGUAUGCAAGGCGUAUCUAAGAUUCUUUCGUCAAAACUUUAA